AUGGGUAUCGACAUCCGCCGCCACCACGUUAAGAAGGGAAGCCGUCAGGCCCCCAAGUCGGAGGACGCCUACCUCCUCCUUCUUGUCAAGCUUUACCGCUUCCUUGCCCGUCGCACUGAGUCGCGCUUCAACGCCACCGUGCUCCGCCGCCUCUUUAUGAGCAAGAUCAACCGCCCCCCUAUCUCGCUCUCGCGCAUCAUCAAGGAGACCGCUGCCUCGAACCCCGACAACUCGAAGACCGUCGUUGUUGUUGGUGCCAUCCUCGACGACGAGCGUCUCCCCGAGGUCCCCAAGCUCUCGAUCGCUGCCCUCCGCUUCUCGGGUGCCGCCCGCGCUCGCAUCCUUGCUGCCGGCGGUGAGGCCCUCACCCUCGACCAGCUCGCCCUCCGUGCCCCCACCGGCUCGAACACCGUUCUCCUCCGUGGCAAGCGUUCCGCUCGCACCGCAGUCCGUCACUUUGGAGGCCCUCUGGCCGGCGCUCGCCCAUACACUGCCGCUCGCUCGAAGAACCGCAAGAUCGAGAUGGCCCGUGGUCGUCGUGCUUCGCGCGGUUUCAAGAUCAAGUCCUCGCACAAGUAA